AUGAAGCAGCAGCAGGCGCGGUCCGCGGCCCUGCAGGACCUGAUUCGAGUGUUUAAGGAGUGGUACGAGAGCGAGUUUGAGCGGCGGAGGGCUCAGUCAGGCCCCGGGGAAGAGAAACGUGCCGCAGCACCAGUUCUAGAAUGCAGAAUUCUAACGCGACCCGAUAAUAUCUGGUAUAACAAUACCUCUCGACCAAUUCCCACAUAUUAUGUGGGAAUUGGUCGAGAGGUAUUGUUUGAUGUGUGGCUUGCAGUAGUGUCAGGAAAGGAGUUACCUUCUAUCCUCUGUCAAUCACUUUGCUCUUGCAGAAUCGGUGCAAUGUGUGAGACACGUGGUUGGGACCAUGCUCAUGCCGGUGGGGAUGCUCUUAAACAAGAUCAGCUUGUUCUGUACCAACUUCCAAGCCCACAGUACUCGCGUACGACCAGGCGUGCAACUUGAAACCCCCCAGCUUCCAACCUACCGUAGGCCUGAUUUUUGAUGUCCAACCGCGGCACAUACAGCGUCGUGGUUUAGACCUCUCGACGCCCACAUGUGUGACAGGCCGAGAACGCGUCAACCUCACGACUAGCUGUGGCAUGGGACUCACCGACAAUUAAGCAUUUAAAAUUUUUAAAUCGUUGCCCCCCA